AUGACGGAAGACUGUGAGAUGUUUAAGCAACACCUUGAUGACUUAGUCUCUCAUGGUUAUCUGAAAGAGUUUAUUCAGAAGGAGCACAAAGGCGCAGAGAAAGAAAUGGAGUUGGAUUACAAGCAAAAUCUGAGAGGCGUAAUCCAUAUGAUACAUGGAUUGGUCACACCUUAUACAAGAAAUGAGGUGAGGUUGCUCCAGAGGCAAGUGCCCGAUAGUGAUGCUUUGGUUAUAACCCUACGAAUUGAAGAGUAUGACAUGGAGAGAAUCUUGGUGGAUUCGGGAAGUUGCACGGAGGUACGAACUCUUCCUGUUCAGGUAGGAACAGUGGUACUGCGAACCGACUUUCUAGUCGUAGAUGUGUCAUCUUCCUAUAACGGGAUUAUAGGAAGAACAUGGUUGCACAAGAUGAGGGCGGUUUCCUCCACUUACCAGCAGAUGUUGAAGUUUCCUGGGUCCAAUGGUAUUGAAAGAAUUAGAGGGAACCAAAAGGUUGCCCAGCAGUGUUUGGUUUCUAUAAUCAAGAAGGCACCCAAAGCAAAAUUGGUCCAAGCCAUCGAGGUUCCAGACCAGCCGACCAUCGAGGAUGUUAAAGGGAACCCCGCCGAGAAAGUGGUGGAAGGUUUGAAAAAGAUUCAGAUCAACGAGACUGAUCCAGAAAGGUAUUUCCUGACUAGGGAAAACCUGAACAAGGAAGAAGAGAAAGAGUUGGUCGGGUCCCUCAAGGAGCACGUUGAUGUGUUUGCUUGGGUACCCGAAGAGAUGCCUGGGGUUGACCGUUUGCUAGAAGCAAAGGCCAUACGAGAGGUCUACUACCCUGAGUGGUUGUCUAACACUGUGGUAGUAAAAAAGAAGAAUGGGAAGUGGUGUGUCUGUGUCGACUUCACCGACUUGAACAAGGCGUGUCCAAAGGACAGCUUCCCUCUCCCAAGGAUAGACCAAUAG